GGAGAGAAUUCUUCUUGUGCAGGAAAAGCAUUAAGAAAUAUUAUUAUCCUUCAAGCAGCUGACCUGGUAAAGGACAGAGUGAACCUCAAGGGAUUUUACAGGAGAAGCUGUGUGGGGUCAGAGCUGGUCGACUGGCUUCUAGAACACUGCCCUUUCGUCCAGUGUAGAUCUAUGGCCAUUGGGGUCUGGCAGCUCCUGCUGGAUAUGGGAAUUAUGUCUUCAGUGGACCAACAUCUGUACUUUCAAGAUAACUAUGUUUUCUACCAAUUUUCUUCGGAGGAAUGUAGCUACUUGUACUGUGAAUUUGAAAGGGAAGAAGAAUGGCAAAACGGAGUGAAGCUUCUGCUGCAGCUUGUGCAUCUCCUCCCUGCUAGAGCUGGCACCUGUGACCUGUCUCAUCAGAAAGUGGAAGACUCAGAAGAAAGCAGUGAUGAAAUUCUUGCUCGGCUAACAUCUGCGGUGCAGAGAGAGCUAGCGGCUGUUAUUGCGAUGAAAGCAAGAAAGUCCGCUGCCCUCCUUCCCACUUCUUGCAGUGGGGGCAUCGACGUUUGGUGAGUUGGUGCAGCUUAAUAAUGAUCAUCCUGAAGUACUG